GAAGAUGCCUGAUCCAGUUAAGGCUCCGAAGGCAUAAUCAGUGAUUUCACAGUUGUUUAAAUUGGCCUACAAAAUAUUAUUGAAUCGUUCUUUAAACAGUGUGAACACCAUAGACAGUGUCUCCUAUUCGUGCCCUGGUGGGCAGUAGGCCACUAUGGCCCCCGCUGGCCUUUUACCUCAGUAUGCCUCCAAAUUCGGGCAGUUUUGGGUUCGCCUGAAAUACAUCGGCAACGGAGAUCCUCCUACUCGCGAGUAUGUUGGUGAAGUUUUGUUGUUUGAGUCUGUCUGGAUUAACGUUACUGACGUGUACUCAUUUAUAGCCUUACCUAACAAAAAAGACUUCGAGCUGUGCUUUUUCCACGAGGCACCUUUAAGGCGUUUCCUGGAAGCCCAAGCCUCUAAAAAUGGAGACCCAAAAUGGAGGGACUGGUCCAUCGAGUCCUCCAUUCAAAUGGAUAUCACAAACAUUAUAGUGAAAUUCUGGACUGGGCGAGUACCAGACCAUGACAUAGAUCUGUAUCUGAGCAGAUUUUGUGAGAUUUUGCAUUCAUACAAACCUGUGGAUAAGUUUGGUAUCUGGUAUGGUGUUCGCAGAUAUAAAGUAAAGAUGCGUAAAGACGCAAAUGGACACACUUCACAAAUCCCAAACUCUAUCUCCCUUGGCCCCUACAACGGGAGAAUAAUCUACUCCGGUCAAUCCAUCAGCUGCUUUAUAUGUCAUUCCACUGACCAUCAAGUAAAGCAGUGCCCCUCCGUAAAGUGCUGGAAAUGUGGCAACUUGGGCCACAAGGCCAAAGCCUGCAAUUUUGAGAGUCAGUGCAGCCUGUGUGGCGAAAAAGGCCACACUUUCUUCAGCUGCCCUUCCUCCUAUGUGAACAAGGCUAGAGCCCAGCAGCAGUCUGGCCCUCCAGUCAACCAGCGAACUGGUCCUCCGUCAGCAGCUAAACCGCAUCUAUUGGCGGAACCACAGCAGCCCGGUCCUUUACCAGCCGCCAAGGAGCGACCCGUCCCUCCACCAUCAGUUAAACAGCAGCCGGCAGCCGAGCAACAUCAACCUGGCACUCUGCCAACUAAGCAGCGAUCUGACCCUCUACCAGCAGCAUUACGGCAGUUAUUAGCCGAUCAACAGCAGCCCGGCCCUCUACCAGCCACCAAGCAGCGACCUGAUCCUCCACCAUCUGCAAAUCAGCAGUCAUCAACGGAUCAACAGCAGCCUGGCACCCUGCCAGCCAAGCAUCGAUCCGAUCUUCUACCGGUGACAAAGCAGCAGCCAGCAGCAGUCCAGCUGCAGCCCGGUCUUCUGCCAGUCAUCCUACAGGUGCCUGGAGCCCUCUCCUGCUCCUCGCGUCUAUCUGAUGUUCAGCCUCUCGCCUUACAGAGGGAUCGUCGUCCGUCCCUCAAAGAGGCGCUUCCUGUCGAGGAGCCGCAGCCUCCAGCUCAGACCCCUCCGGAGGCCCUCUGUCCAUCAGGUGAGGAGAGUUCAAGUGUAUGUAGUGAGAAUGCACAUAGAAAAUUCAUUGAUAUAGAUAGUAGUGAUGAUGAUGAAGAUGUAAAGGAUGAGGGCGAGCUGUUUUAUGAGAGUGCGAGUGAGAGUCCGAGCUCGGAUUUCAGCCUGUUGUUAACAGCUGCCCAGCGGUCCAGCAGAUCUCCCCUCUCUCCUCCGCCGGGAAGCAACUCAGGCUCCUUUUCUACAUCACCUGAGUUUUCUGCCCCCGCGGGUCUAGAGGUUCAGGAUGAAGCACCUCUUAAGGUAGUUAGUAAAAAGAGAAGAGCUUUGUGCCCCCCCCCUAAAAAAGGGAAACGUCUGGAUGAUAAACCAUCACCUUAG